CAUAAUAAAAGAAAAAGAGAAAGAAGGGGAAUCCUUUCUACAGAACCCAGUUCCCACUCAACUCUGAGAUUUUGAUUUGUUGGUUCAUCCAUGGCUCUGUUCCGAAGUCAGAAGGCCUCCCUUUCCAAAUAUACUGCCUCUCCUUACCCAUUUCGCUAUCACGUGUUCUUGAGCUUCAGAGGUGAGGACACUCGAAAGAACUUCACUGAUCACCUUUACGCGGCUCUGGUCAACGCCGGAUUUCAUACUUUCCGAGAUGAUCCUGAACUCGAGAGAGGGGAAAAUAUCAAGGACAAGCUUGAGAACGCCAUUCAACAGUCACAAAGUUCUGUGAUUGUGUUUUCGAAAGACUACACCUCUUCCAGAUGGUGUCUGGACGAGCUUGUUAUGAUCCUUCAACGCAAGAGGACCUCUGAUCAUGUCGUGUUACCCGUCUUCUACGACGUCGAUCCAUCCCAUGUGAGGAAGCAGGCAGAAACUCUUUCAGAGGUUCCUAAAUACCAAGAAAAUCUAUCGUCGGAGAAGUUGAAUGGAUGGCGGGCAGCGCUUAGAGAAGUUGCAGAUCUAGCAGGCAUGGUUUUACAAAAUGAAGCUGACGGGCACGAGUCAAAGUUCAUCCAAAAGAUUGUUACAGUGAUUCAAGACAAGCUAGGUGGUGUGCCCCUGACCGAUGUCCAGGAGGAGUUACGGAAGAAGUUGUUGUUUAUUAACCCUUACCUCGAUGACGCCGAGGGGAAGCAACUGAACAACCCAACUGUGAAGGCAUGGCUCAAUGAGCUUAAAGAAGCUGUCUAUGAUACCGGGGACCUAUUGCAGGAGAUCAAGACAGAAGCAUUAAGACGAAAGAUGGAACACGAAUCUGGAAGUAGCUCGAGUAAGGUUCAAUACCCCAACUCUAGUCUUCCAUCUCAUGCUUUUGACUCAACAUUAAGUUACCUCAAGGUAGAGGAGGUUCUUAAUAGACUAGAUUCCAUUAUGGAGAAGAGAAAAGAUGUCUUGGGUUUGGAAGCAAGUGCUGGAUACAAGGUAUCACAAACACUACCGUCAACUUCUUUGGUCGAAGACUCUGGUGUGUGUGGUAGAGAUGACGAGAAGGAUACACUUAUUAAACUGUUGCUAUCAGAUGAUGAGAAAAGCAAUAAGAUAAGUGUGAUUCCUAUUGUGGGUAUGGGUGGGAUCGGAAAGACCACCCUUACCCGGCUUUUGUACAACGAUGUUAGAGUUGAACAACAUUUUGACAUCCAAGCAUGGGCUUGUGUUUCUGAAAAAUUUGAUGUUCUUCGGAUCUCACAACAAAUUUAUGAGUCCCUUACUUUACAUGCUUGCAACAUUGGGAACUUAGAUCUACUUCAGUCAAAAUUGAAAGCAGCUUUGAAGGGCAAAAUGAUUUUCAUUGUUCUUGAUGACGUGUGGAAUAAGAAUUAUACUGAAUGGGAGGUCUUAAGGCGUCCUUUUCAAUUUGGAGCACAUGGAAGUAAGAUUAUUGUCACAACACGCAAUCAAGAUGUUGCACGUAUGGUGGGUACUCUUGAAGCUCACUAUCUAAUGCCAAUGCCUGAGGAAGAUGCUUGGCCAUUAUUUGAAAAACAUGCCUUCAAAAAUGCAGGUGUUGGUGUGCGCACACAUCUUGGAGAAAUCGGUAGACAAAUUGUUCGAAAGUGCAAGGGUCUUCCUUUGGCUAUUAAGUCCCUUGCGGGUCUCUUAUGUUCUAAAUUAAAUGCGGGUGAAUGGGAAACUAUAUUGAACAGUGACAUGUGGGAGUUGCCACAGGAGGAGAGUGACAUUUUGCCAUCUCUUUGGUUGAGCUUUAAGCAUCUGCCUCCACAUCUGAGGCGUUGUUUUGCGUAUUGCUCGAUAUUUCCCAAGAACUAUGAGUUCAAAACAUCAGAAUUGGUUUACUUGUGGAAGGCUGAAGAUCUAUUGCAAACCAUAAAAAACAAAACAGCAGAAGAAAUCGGACAAGACAAUUUCAAUGAUCUAAUCUCAAGGUCAUUUUUUCAAGUUUCAUCAAAGUCCAAUCAAUAUUUCACCAUGCAUGACCUUAUCAAUGAUUUAGCAAGCUUUGUAUCAGGAGAAUUCUGUUUUAGGUGGGAGGCCAGUGAUUCACCCAGCAAUUUGAGCAAAACUCGUCACUUUUCAUAUAUGUCGAGAUAUCAUAGCCUAGAGAUGUUUGAGGCUUUACAGCAAGCUAAAUGUUUGCAUACCUUUCUAACAGUAAGACCGUCUUAUGCGCUGUCGAUGUUGUGGUGCAAAGGACUCUACGAGGCAUUGCCAAAGUUUCAAUGUUUAAGAAUGCUCAAGUUAUCAGGGUACACAAUUAAGGAAUUGCCUGAUUCAAUUAACAACUUGAAACAUCUUAAGCACCUGGACUUGUCUUACAGUUACAUCAAAAAGUUACCUGAUACAAUUUGUACAUUGUAUAACUUGCAAGUCUUGUUGUUGUCAAACUGUCGAUUCCUUACUGAACUGCCAGCCAACUUGGGAAGGUUGAUCAGCUUGAGCCAUCUGGAUAUUACAGACUCGACACAGUUAAAAAAGAUGCCACCAAAUAUGGGUAAUUUGAAAGACCUCCAGAUGCUACCAGAGUUUGUGCUAGACAAACACACUGCUGGGGAUAAUUUGCCGGAGUUACAGAAGCUUGAAAAAUUGCGUGGAAGACUCUGUAUCUCAGGGCUUGUGCAUAGCAGCGGUUUGGAGGCCUACAUACUGAGGGACAAGAAGUUUCUUAAGGAACUGGUUUUGGAUUGGAGAGGGCUAUGGUAUUGGAGUGAAAAAGGCAAUAAUAUUGUAGAAGAAAGAGAAGUGCUUGAGAAGCUCCAACCUCACCUGAACCUGGAAAGGCUUACAAUUAGAGAUUAUCAUGGAGGCAAAAUGCUUCCAGGUUGGUCAGAAUAUUAUUCUUCCUCUGCUCUUGUUUAUCUUCAUCUUAUUAAUUGUCAGAAUUGUAUCUCCUUGCCACCAUUGGGACAGCUACCUUCCCUCAGAGAGCUUUUUAUAGAAGGGUUGAGUGGGUGGAAAGAAUGGUCUGAUGUUGGAGGUGACAAUAAUGAAGGUGGGGUUUUUCCUUAUCUUGUUCAACUUGAAAUAUCAUGGUGUCCCAAUCUUACCGGGAGAUUAGCGUCAGACAGUCUCCCAUCUCUUGAGUCUUUGUCGGUAUCGACUUGCCCAGAAUUCGAAUGUAUUCCGGAAGAUGGAUUCCCGUCAAAGUUAAAAUUUCUUGUCAUCGAAUACUGUAAAAAAAUGAAUGCAAAGAGUAUGCAGAAUCUGAACAAGGGUCUCCGAACACUCACCUCUCUUAAAUACUUGUCACUUGAUUUUGACUGCGACGAAAAAGUAGAUUGGUUUGCGGAGGAGCUGUUUCCCAGCACUCUCACAUAUCUACGGAUCUGCCGUCUAAAUUGUGAGACCAUCGACGGCGCCAUGUGGUUUGGCCAUCUCAACUCUCUUCGACAAUUGAUUAUAUUGAAUUGCCCUGCGCUCCGGUGCUUGCCAGAUAGUGGGCUACCCACUUCUCUUCAACGCUUGGAGAUUUUGUGUUGCCCUGCUCUGCAGUGCUUGCCAUAUAAAGGACUACCCUUUUCUCUUUCUUAUCUAAAUAUCUCUAACUGUCCUUUGCUUGUCAAACGGUGCCAAAGAGAGACGGGUGAAGAUUGGCCCAAGAUUGCUCACAUCAAGCGCAUACGUAUCAAUUACAAAACGAUAUGACAACGACAGAGGGCUUGCGUUCUGAUAAAUUUGGCCAUGUCUCAGAGGGCUUGCUUAUUCUGCGUGUAAGAUCCUAUUAUUUGAACUCAUUGUUGAUUCCACACUUCUAGGGCCUCGCUUGAACUCAUGAUCGAUGGGUUUGACAAGGACAUGCCAUACGAAGGAGAAACAGACCAUUUCCAUUUCCUACGCAGUUUCGUGGAAAGUGAGCAAAAUUUCUUGAUAUGGCAACAGACAACACAUGGCCAAACAGUGUUUCUUUGAUUGAUAAGAACUGUCCUUACUGGCCCUGUGAUUUCAGCUCCCUUGAUUUUACAAGUUUACAACUAUAUGCGGUGCUUCCGCUAAAGCAUCUCAUAAUACUUGUAGCUGUUGGACUCUCAUUAGUUUGAAGUCACUUCAAAUAUCAUCUGGAAUUGAAGAAUGACCUUAAAGGUUGUGGCACUUCAAUAUUAUCUCAGGAGCAAUAAAUUAUGUUAGCCGAAUCUGUAAGAUACAUGAGUACCACCAGUUUUGCAUCCUCACUGAACAGGACUUGGUCUCCAUCCUUUAUCUCAUGUCACAGCAAGGAAAUUCUUUGGCAGACUAUCAACUCACUGACCCUUUAAGACAUUCUGGAGGGCCACGAGAGAAAUUGUUACUUCAUUGAUUUACUUAAGGCCCUCACAUAGCUGGGGAAACUUUUGCAGUGGUGUCAAGAUUACUAUUGACGGCUUCAAAAUUUAAGGAGCAGACAUAGAAACAGUACAAAGAGGCAUUUUGCAGUUUGCCGUAUGUAUUAGCUCUAUCUACGCCAGAAAAUAUGUAAAUUCAGCAGCAACUACUUCUGUCUAUACUAGUAGACAGUACCAAACUUUUUUGUUUCUGUAUAAAUGAAUUCAGCAGUUCUUCAGA